CUAGAAGAUGGACACACUUUAUUUGACUACAAUGUUGGACUAAAUGACAUAGUUCAGCUUUUGAUACGCUCUGAAUCUGAAGCACCUACCACUGCUUCUGUGACAGAUCAGGAUGGGGAAGUCAAUCCCUGUGCUGUUUCCAACUGCAAGAACAAAGUCAAAAAAAUAAAUAGUGGAUCACCCAGUCGGCCAUCUACAUCAUCUUGCUCCUUUCUCAUUGAUCCUGGCAUUGGAUUGUACAAGAUAAAUGAAUUGGUGGAUGCCCGUGAUGUCAGCAUUGGAGCCUGGUUUGAAGCUCAUAUAGAAAAUGUUACCCGAGCAACAAAGGGACAUAAGAAUGGUAAAGCUCAAGGAAAGAGCAGUAACACAUACAAAAGGACUAAUGGAAGCUUAAGUCAAGAUCAUUCUAGAGAAAAUGCAAAUAAUUUGGACAGUACACCAUCCACAUCUUAUUCAGACUGUAUGGACACUGAUGAAGAAGCUAUUUAUCAUAUCAAGUAUGAUGAGUACCCAGAGAAUGGCAUAGUAGAAAUGGACACCAGUAACCUUCGACCCCGAGCAAGAACCAUUCUGAAGUGGAGUGAACUAAAAGUGGGUGAUGUGGUGAUGGUUAACUACAAUGUUGAGACUCCAGAAGAAAGAGGAUUUUGGUUUGAUGCAGAAAUUACCUCUUUGAGAGAAAUCUCAAGGACUAACAAAGAGGUUCAUGCUAAAAUUCUGCUGGGGUAA